AUGGGGGCCCUUGUGGAUUGCCUGAAGCGCGCCCGAGGGGGCGAGACUUUCACGGGCGCCAAGGCGGGGGACGAUUCGUCGGGGGGACCCCCAUGCGCCUUCGUCCCGAUCCGAGUGAGGGAACGCAAGGCGAUUGUUUUGCUGCUGCUUUACAUUGCCAACGCCGGGCGUGUUUAUCGGGAGCUGAUUUGCGAUGAAGAAGGGGUCUCCGACCUCCUCGUGGCGCUCCAACGUGAGGAGGAUGCCGAGGUGGCGGCGCUUUUGACGGAGCUCUUCAUUACCUUAGGCAAUGGGGUCCCUCGCCUAGGGCUUCACGUGCAGUGCGGGCUGCUGAGGCUCAUCCUCGCCGAACGAGACGCUGAGGAGCGUCUCGCAGCCGCCCAAGAGCUCGGGAAAGACGCAAUAUCCCCCCUUAACCAUUCCGAAUCUUCUGACCAUACCCACGGCGGCGGAUGGAAUCCGGCGGACGUCCGCCAAGCCUUGGCCUUGGCCUCGGAGUCUUUUCGCGAGUCCGUUCUUCAGGCCGUGCGCGCCUUGCGGGGGCUUCAGUUGAGCUACGAAACGCGGUAUUUCAGUGGCUUUGAGGCGAAAUGUCGGAUUUUAGCGGAGAUCGACGACCACGGGCAGACGGAGGGCGGGGAGUGGAAUUAUGUGCCUGUAAUUUGUUUAGGCGGCAAUUCCACAUCCUAUCCGGGGUGUCCUUCGUCUUUUCUACCACCUCCUCAACAGCAACCCAAACCACAACCAGUUGGUGAUGCUGCUUCCUUGGCGGUUAGUUCUUCUCCGCGGAAUCGGCAAAACGCCGGCGAGGAUGCCAUUCAAAUUUCCGAUGGGGACGAGAACAGCCUGCUCCGGGCGAUAAGCCUGACCGAGCUCCUGAAUGGGCUUUUCUUUCUUGCCAAUCACGAGUGCAGUAGCCGAUACCGCGUGGAGGGAAGCGAGCUCUUGACCUUGGUGGCAAAGAAUAUUAACCUUACGGAGCCGAUUCUGAACUACUGCUUCGACGUCCUCAAUGAUUGCUACCUGUCCAUCACCGACGACGAGGCCGACUUUUCGCUCAUUCGGCAGCAGCGCCGGCAGCUCUGCAGUGGGCGAACCGCCGUCCAGGUCAUUCUAUCGAAGCCGAUGACGUCCCGACGGCAUGCGUUGAUUAUGAGGCUCAUCGCCAUCCGCAGUGCGCAUUUAUCCUUGUUAAGAUACCUCCGCAUGACGGAUCAGAGUGAUACCGCGGCCGUGUUGGAUUGCUGUAUGGCCUUACAGAUCGUCGCGCGGGCGUCGAAUGCGGCCCAACACGCCCGCAUGUUGACCCCUUCCUGGCUUUCCGACCCCCGCGAGGACGCCAACAACCAGGACCACCUCCACGGCGACUUCACCAACCCGAGGAGCCCGGACGCCGAGGCCGCGGACGCGUCUGUUGGCUCGCCCUUCCCCAGGAAAAAGGGGAUGGGUGUUCACGGGAAUGCGCUUCUGCAGGUUGGGCAUGCCAUCCGUGAAGCGCUCGGCGAUUCUUUAUAUCAGGCCGUGCUUUAUCAGAAGCUUAGCGAUGAGGAGUGCUUUGCGAUGCAGCGCGCCUGUAGGGAUGCGGCACUUGUUAUAAAAUAG